GCCAUCCUCUGGGACCCCAAGUUUACCUCGCGAGCGCCCCCGGGCAGUCUCAAGCCAGUCCACGCCGGCACUCUUGUAGCCCCGCAGCGCACCGACUCGUCCAUCAGCGUCCGCAACCUCGGCGACGGCCACACUGUGCCCAUUGUACCUACCAUGGACAACAGAAGACACCCCAGCUCCUUCCAGCAGCUGGAGAAGCUUGGUGAGGGAACAUAUGCUACUGUGUUCAAGGGUCGCAACCGCCAGACGGGCGAGCUGGUAGCCCUGAAAGAGAUACAUCUUGACUCGGAGGAAGGCACGCCCUCGACCGCUAUCCGCGAGAUCUCGCUCAUGAAGGAGCUGCGACACGAGAACAUUGUCCUGCUACACGAUGUCAUACAUACUGAGAACAAGCUCAUGCUGGUCUUCGAAUUCAUGGACAAGGAUCUCAAGAGGUAUAUGGACUCGCGGGGUGACCGCGGUGCUCUGGAUCCUGCAACCAUCAAGUCCUUCAUGUACCAGCUGCUGAAAGGAAUCGCUUUUUGCCACGAGGCCCGCGUCCUCCACCGUGAUCUGAAGCCCCAGAACCUCCUGAUCAACAACCGCGGCCAGCUGAAGUUGGCCGACUUCGGUCUCGCUCGCGCUUUCGGCAUCCCCGUAAAUACCUUCUCAAAUGAAGUCGUAACUCUAUGGUACCGUGCCCCUGACGUCCUGCUCGGCAGCAGAACCUACAACACAAGUAUCGAUAUCUGGUCGGCAGGCUGCAUCAUGGCUGAGAUGUACACUGGGCGGCCACUCUUUCCAGGAACCACCAACGAGGACCAGGUUCAGAAGAUCUUCAGGCUUAUGGGCACACCAUCUGAACGAUCAUGGCCGGGCAUCUCGCAGCUGCCAGAGUACAAGAACAACUUUCCUGUUUACCACACCCAGGACCUACGCCUUAUACUGCCACAAGUCGACCAGGUCGGUCUCAGCCUCCUCAACUGUAUGCUCCAGUUGCGGCCAGAGAUGCGCAUAUCCGCUGCGAACGCACUUCAGCAUCCCUGGUUCAGUGACCUGCCACAGAGGCAGCAGGAAAUGGCGCAGAUGCAAGCACAGGCCCAGGCUCAGGCCCAGCAACCGCAGAUGGGUGGCUACCAAGUGCCUCAGAACGCCUACUAG